AUGUGGAUUAUCAAUGAAGAGAGAGAGAACCACACAGGGGUGAGUGAGUUUGUUUUCCAGGGCUUUUCCAGCUUUCAUGAACACAAGCUUACUUUAUUUGUAGUAUUUCUUACUUUGUACCUUUUAACCCUGGCUGGCAAUGUCCUCAUUGUGACAAUUAUUAGCAUUGAUCAUCAUCUUCAUACCCCCAUGUACUUCUUUCUUAGUAUGCUUUCGACUUCAGAAACUAUGUACACAUUGGACAUUGUACCACAGAUGCUCUCCAGCCUUAUAGGACAAAACCAACCCAUCUCCUUGGCUGGCUGUGCCACCCAGAUGUUCUUUUUUAUCACUUUGGCCAUCAACAACUGCUUUCUACUCACAACAAUGGGGUAUGACCGCUAUGUUGCUAUCUGCAAACCCUUAAGGUACACGAUCAUCAUGAAUAAGAAGAUAUGUGCCCAAAUGGUAUGGGGAUCCUGCAGCAUUGGACUUCUUGUGGCCAUAAUUCAGAUUUCUUCUGUGUUCAGGCUGCCCUUUUGUGAUAGAGAGGUGGCCCAUUAUUUCUGUGAGAUCCGUGCAAUUAUGAAACUCUCCUGUGCUGACACCAAUCUGCAUGACACAAUUAAUUUUAUCAUCAGCUCAGUUGUUAUUGUGGUACCCAUGGGUUUGGUCUUCAUCUCCUAUAUCCUUAUCAUCUCCACCAUCCUCAAGAUUGUCUCAACUGAGGGCCAAAAGAAGGCUUUUGCAACUUGUGCUUCUCACCUCACUGUGGUCAUUGUCCACUAUGGCUGUGCCUCCAUUUCCUACCUCAAACCCAAGUCAGAGAACACUGUAGACCAGAAUCAGCUGAUCUCAGUGACCUACACCAUUUUUACUCCUCUCCUUAAUCCUGUGGUGUACACUCUGAGAAACAAGGAAGUCAAUGAUGCCCUUCGCCGUGCUAUUGGUAAAAAAACAUUUUGCCUAGGCAUAUAG